AUGACCUCGAAAUGGCAAGUCACGUCUCCUCCACGGAAUCCGCGCUAUAGGCGGUCGGACCCCUUGGUUCUCAUUCCAGGCUUGCCACAAACAGCAGAGGCGUUUAGCGAUAUCUUCGAGCCCGUUUCCAAACAUUAUCAAUUUUUGGCUCUCGACCACCCGGGCUUGGGCGACUCGCUUCCUCCCGUCAAUGGCUAUGAUACUGCCAAUGUGAGCAAAGUCAUGGCAGAAGCUAUUCACGAUAUCUUGAAAGAAAGACAGUGCCAUCUAGUUGGCCACGGUAAUCUGGAAUAUGCGAAAACACCGCUCGAUAUACCUGUCUUGGCUUUAGGUGGCGCCAGCUCCGUGGGUUCGGGCAUGAUCAACUUGGUCCAGAACUUCGCGGCCAAUGUCUCCGGAGGCGCUAUUGAUGAUUAUGGGCAUUUUCUCCCCGAAGAGCAACCAUCUGCUGUCAUGCGUAGACUGCUGGAGCUUUUGGAUACAUAUCAAAACAGAUAA